CAAAGUGUUUGGCAGAUGCAUUACAUUACAAAGAAGUUUUGAUGCUACGGUUGCAAUCAUAUUUCGUACAGAGAGAAAAUUUGGAGCAAACUACGCUUUACAAGCGUCGAUGCCCAGUGUUAAAACUGUAGUGAACCACCGACCGAAAAAAGCUUCAAAAAACCCGUAAGGAGAUAUGAAAGUACACUAAUAUACAAAACAAAAGUGUUAAUUAUGCAAUGGUUCUCUCAUUCUACUUCAAUAUCAGAACUUAAUAUGCGUUCAUAACCUUUCAUUUGUUUGAAGCGGUACAGCUGUCAAACGUCCGUGUUCGUUGCGUUAUGCCACACUUUUGGCGGUAUUUCUUAAUGCGCAUUCUUGCAUCUUCGUAUAUACAAAUAGAAUGUGAAGUUCUGGUUCAACACAUAUGAGUACCCAGCGCGAUUUUUUCGCGUGUAGUGCAUUCGGGGGUUUUGAAGUAAAACUUGCACCCUGCUCCUAAUCAAAAGAAAUAUUCACUACUCGCUCAAACCAAAACAAAACCUACUAUAGAUAACACGGGAAACAACAACUGUUGUUAUUCUCUUCGACUGUUACACGGCGACGUAUAGAGUGCCAAGAAAAUACUCCCAAAAUGCAGCAAGUUUCUCAAAAUAUUUCAUCGUGCGAGGGAGAAACUACUUUAAUCGACUAUGAAUCGAGAAAGGCCAAUAAGAGCGCGGAAAUCAUUGUUCGAUCCAAACAAGAGCGUAGCAUGCUGAAACAAUUACAAACAUCAUUGAGCCCAAAAAUGACAGAAAUUGUGGUGAAUAGAGACCAACGCGUCAGUCGUUAUGGACGCCACCAGAAACAGAAAGAAAACUUGAACUGCCUUCCGGUGGAUGUGGCAAAGUUUGUCCCUUCUACCCAUUGUAGAUCACCUGCCAAAUAUAAACCAAAACCGAAGGCAGAUCCAUCUCAUGUCGUACCAGAUAACUGGCCACAGAAAGUGGAAGUGAAGGAAGAGCCUUUAGAAUUACCGGUUGACAACGAUAAGCUCUUGCAAUCCGACGGAUUGAAGAUGGAAAUGGAUGUAGCGAUCCCGAUGAUGCAAGAGUCCAGUGAAGAACUGUUAGCAAUGGAUGAAAUCAACAUUAUUGGCAUGGAUAUUAGUUUCAACAACGAUUCCAGCAAAAAAUCUACACUAGCUUCCCCAUUGCAUGCAGAUUGUCUUGCUAGUGUAUUCCAUCGCUCAUAUGAUGCAGACAGUGCUAAGGGUUCAUCCAUUAACUUUGACGACAUACGAGUUGCGGACAUCUGUUGGGGUACUCAAAGUAAGAAUCAAUUGCAUUGGCCUUGUAUCAUACGUUCAGACCCGGACUCGGGGCUAACGACGCGGAAAUCUAUUGUCAAGGAACAUUCUAUGGAAGUACACGUAUCGUUUUUUGGAGACAAUGGUCGUCGUGCUUGGUUGAAAGAAACGUUAAUAAUACCCUUCGAUGGAAUGGAUAACUAUUGCACUAGAGUGAACAAUCUUGAUUUUGGAAAAGCAGUGCGAACAAAGAUGAAGUUGGCAAUGCGAGGAAAAGCGGUUUGGAAAACAGCUUGCGAAAUAGCAGAAUCUUACUGUAGGCUACCGUUUGAUGCACGUCUCGAGAAAUUUGAAGAAAAUUUAAAACAGCAGCAAUCAUCACGCAAGCGUUUGAAAAAAGCUACGAAAAACGAUGGGGCAAUAGACUUUUCGGAUACCAUAAAGCGGUCGGAAUCGUCAGAAAGUCUUACGUAUGAGAACAUUUACAGUGUGACGGAUAUAGGAAAGCAAAAUUAUAAAAGCCGUCCCGCUCAUUCGUCUACGCUCUAUGAGAACACUAUUGACCGUUUCUUUCGUUCAUUGGAUCAUAACGUUUCGAAUGACGAAUCAGUGGUUGCCGAUAAAUUUGACCUGCAUGAGUACGUAGUGUUAAUGAAAUUCAUCCGUUUGUUCCUCUUCAAUGGGCGCACAGAUCCUACGAUGGAGGAAAAGUUGCAAACUUAUGUGAAGCAAAUUUGUUGUCUUAAAAAAAAAACCAAUGGAACCGAACGAACUGUUGCUCUGAAAAGGAAUAAAUCAUUGUGGAAGGCUCUUCAUGCCUUCGGCAUCAACCUGGCUGAAGAAAAUGCAGAAACGGAAUCCUAUUCAGCUUCGAAAAGACAAUCACGUCCGCGCAAGGAAGAUCAGAGUCUAGAGGAGAAGUUUAUUUUUUGUCUCGAUCGAAACUACCUCACUAACGGCCUUCCAAAAGGUUACGUUUGCAAUAUAUGCCAGCAACCAAACGACGUCGUGAAAUGUAGCAAGUGUAACCAACAUGUGCAUAUCAACUGCAUCACAACAGAUGAUCUGGCGCGGGAAUCUAUGAACAUAAAGAUAGAACAGAAAUGCUUUCUCUGUCCCGAAUGCAUUCAUCAUGCCGAUAACGAUGAUGUUAGUUGGAGGAAGUGCUUCAUUUGCAGUGAUGAACAAUCCGAAGUAGAAGGAAAGCUGAAGUAUCGCUGCAUCGCCAAUUCCUGCACACAAGUUUACCAUUUGAACUGUUUGUCAUUAUUUCCACAAUACCGAGAAAUGGAUCAACAAACCAUCAUCUGUCCCUAUCACGUGUGCCAUACGUGUGUGUCCGAUGAUCCCAAAGGCAAAUCUUCUAACACAAAGUUAGCUUUAGUGCGAUGCACCCAGUGUCCAUCCGCGUACCAUUCGGAUGAAAGGUGUAUUCCCGCCGGAUCACAGUUUAUAACUAAUAAGCAAAUCGUUUGUCCGAAGCACAGUCUACUGGAGAGAGCGACAAAUGUUAACUGGUGCUUUCUUUGCUGCAAAACAGGCGACGACAUUUUAGUGCUGUGCGACACUUGCCCCAUAGCAGUCCACCGCGGAUGUCUUAAUGAGCUACUCCCGGAAGGAAAGUAUAUUUGCGACAUGUGCAAGUACGGUCGCUUCCCGUUAUAUAACGAAAUAGUUUUGGUUAAGAUGGGAAAAUUUCGUUGGUGGCCAGCACUAACACUCCCACCUCCUGCGGUACCGGAAAAUCUGAAACAAAUGCUCCACGAGCCGGGAGACAUAUGUGUGAAGUUUUUCUUUACGCAUGAUAUGGCUUGGAUUAAUCGACGAUCAAUGUAUCUGUACGAUAAUGGCGACUCUGAGAACCUGGGAGCUCAAAAGUCAGGAACCUUAAACCAGCGAUAUCAUAAAGCUAUGCAAGAAGCUCGAACAAUAUUCAAUGUUUUGGAAACUCGAAAAACUAAAAACCCUCUGGAGGAUACGAGGCCGCCGUCGUUUUUCAAGAUCAAGGCAAAUCGCUACAUUGCCCCCCUGAAGCAAUCCUACCGCAGAUCAUUGCAAUCGAAGGAAAUAUUAGAUUCUGUGUGCAACUGUUGCGUGGACGAUGACGAUCCGUGUGGCAUUGGCUCAUCGUGCAUCAAUCGCGCUACUUUAGUGGAGUGCAACCCAAAAACGUGCUCCGCCAAAAACCGGUGCAUGAACCAAUGCUUUGCAAAGAGGGAUUACCCAGCGCUAGAAGUGCGUCGUUUCGCCGACCGAGGACAUGGGCUUGUGACGAAAACAAAUCUCAUUCAAGGGCAAUUCGUUAUUGAAUACGUUGGCGAGGUCAUCAACAAGCAAGAGUUUCAACGUAGACUAAACCAGAUGGAAGAGCGAAAGGAACAAAAUUUCUACUUUCUGGAACUCGAUGCAGAAAUCUUCAUUGACGCAGGACCCAAAGGCAAUCUCGCACGCUUCAUAAACCAUUCGUGCGAGCCCAAUUGUGAGAUACAAAAGUGGAAUGUCGGCAACACACGCGUGAUAGGCAUUUUUGCGCUGAAAGACAUCAAUACGAAUGACGAACUCACGUUUGACUACUGUUGGGAGAAAUUUGGCGAGAAGCAGCCGUGCUUGUGCGGAGCCAAAAAAUGUUCAGGAAUAAUCGGAGAAAAGUAUCGGAUACUGAAAGCGGAACUACCAUCACUUACGAACGCGAAUACGAACACGAAAACCAAAGGCUUGUUAAGUCGAAAACGUCGUUUGCAAACUAAGCCUAGGGCUGGAAAGAAAAUCAAAACCGAAGACUCCGAAGAUACUUUGAUGCCUCCGCCAUUAUAGCAUCGAAUUGAAUGAAUUACGUUGUAGAUCACAAUGAAGAACAUGUGCCUCGUUCAACGAAAAUAGCGAAUGUAGGAUAAUAAUCUUUUGCUUUGAAGAUAACAAGAUAUUAGCAGAACAUAAGAAAUUUCAAACGAAUAGUAACGACAAGAGUGUGCAUAUGGUUUUUUUAAGUUGAUUCGUUGAUUUUAAAGUUUUAAAAUGCUUUGCUUUUUAUGCAUGUUCGUUUUCUUUGCUUAUGUUGAUAUUUUUUAAUGACGCGGGGCAAUUUUGAAUAACAAUCUUUUCUGCUGCAACAUUUAUCUUCAAUAGGAAUUAGGCAUCGUUAGUUUUAAAAUGCGAGUUGGAAAUGCGAAAAUAAUUAACUAGUGACGAUAUUUCUUUGUUGUUUUCGUUCGUCGAUUGAUCGGAAAGAUGUUGCAGCUAGUCUGAGAAACUUUCCAGUAAUUUGAUUUCCGAUGUUCUUUUGUUACAUUUUCAUUGCUGUUGCGAAAUAAAUAAGACGUAUUUCA